CUGGCCGGGAGACUGGGACCGGCAAGCGGCUGGGAGGUUUUAGCGCGCGGCGUUGCAGGCGCUUUGCGGAGGGCACCCGGUUCCGGAGUGUGUGUCCAGCCAUGCCGGCGCAGCGCCCCGCGAGCAGCGGCGGGUCCGUAGCUCCAGAUAUGGUUGAACAGCCGGAGACUGCCGUGAUUACCCCAGCCAUGGUAGAGGAGGAAGAACAGCUUGAAGCUGCUGGGCUAGAGAGAGAGAGGAAGAUGCUAGAAAAGGCUCGCAUGUCUUGGGAUAGAGAGUCCAUGGACAUUCGAUAUCGUAGACUUCAGCAUUUGCUUGAAAAAAGCAAUAUUUACUCCAAAUUUUUAUUGACUAAAAUGGAACAGCAGCAAUUAGAGGAACAGAAGAAGAAAGAGAAAUUGGAGAGAAAAAAGGAAUCUUUAAAAGUUACUAAGGGUAAAAAUUCCAUUGAUGCAAGUGAGGAGAAUGCAGUUAUGAGAAAGAAAAGAGGAAGAGAAGAUGAAUCAUACAAUAUUUCAGAGGUCAUGUCAAAAGAGGAAAUUUUGUCUGUGGCUAAGAAAAGUAAAAAGGAGAAUGAGGAUGAAAGCUCCUCUUCUAAUCUCUGUGUAGAAGAUCUUCAGAAAAAUAAAGAUUCAAAUAGUAAAAUUAAAGAUAGAUUAUCUCAAACAGUUAGGCAAAAUACUAAAUUCUUUUUUGACCCAGUUCGGAAAUGUAAUGGACAGCCAGUACCCUUUCAGCAACCAAAACACUUCACAGGAGGAGUGAUGCGAUGGUACCAAGUGGAAGGCAUGGAAUGGCUUAGGAUGCUUUGGGAAAAUGGAAUUAAUGGCAUUUUAGCAGAUGAAAUGGGAUUGGGAAAGACAGUUCAAUGCAUUGCUACAAUUGCAUUGAUGAUUCAGAGAGGAGUACCUGGACCUUUUCUCGUCUGUGGCCCUUUGUCUACACUUCCUAACUGGAUGGCUGAAUUCCAAAGAUUUACACCAGAAAUUCCUACUAUGUUAUAUCAUGGGACCCAGCAAGAACGUCGAAAAUUGGUAAAGCAUAUUCACAAACUGAAAGGGACAUUGCAGAUUCAUCCUGUGGUGAUCACUUCAUUUGAGAUAGCCAUGAGAGACCGAAAUGCAUUACAGAAUUGCUACUGGAAAUACUUAAUAGUAGAUGAAGGACACAGGAUUAAGAACAUGAAGUGCCGCCUAAUCAGGGAAUUAAAACGAUUCAAUGCGGAUAAUAAGCUUCUUUUGACUGGUACUCCUUUGCAAAACAACUUAUCAGAGCUUUGGUCAUUGCUGAACUUUUUGUUGCCAGAUGUAUUUGAUGACUUGAAAAGCUUUGAAUCUUGGUUUGAUAUCACUAGUCUGUCUGAAACUGCUGAAGAUAUUAUUGCUAAAGAAAGAGAACAGAAUGUAUUGCAUAUGCUGCACCAGAUUUUAACACCUUUCUUAUUGAGAAGACUAAAAUCUGAUGUUGCCCUUGAAGUUCCUCCUAAACGAGAAGUAGUUGUUUAUGCACCACUUUCAAAGAAACAAGAGAUCUUUUACACAGCCAUUGUGAACCGUACAAUUGCAAACAUGUUUGGAUCCAGCGAGAAGGAAACAGUAGAGCUGAGUCCCACUGGACGACCAAAACGGCGAACGAGAAAGUCAAUAGAUUACAGCAAAAUAGAUGAUUUCCCUAAUGAAUUGGAAAAACUCAUCAGCCAAAUACAGCCAGAGGUAGACCGAGAAAGAGCUGUUGUGGAAACAAAUAUCCCUAUAGAAUCUGAAGUUAAUCUGAAGCUGCAGAAUAUAAUGAUGCUACUUCGUAAGUGCUGUAAUCAUCCAUAUUUGAUUGAGUACCCUAUAGACCCGGUCACUCAAGAGUUUAAGAUUGAUGAAGAGUUGGUAACAAAUUCUGGGAAAUUCUUAAUUUUGGAUCGAAUGCUGCCAGAACUAAAAACCAGAGGUCAUAAGGUGCUGCUUUUUUCACAAAUGACAAGAAUGUUGGACAUUUUGAUGGAUUACUGUCACUUUAGAAAUUUCAACUUUAGCAGGCUUGAUGGAUCCAUGUCUUAUUCAGAGAGAGAAAAAAAUAUGCACAGCUUCAACACAGAUCCAGAUGUGUUUAUCUUUUUAGUGAGUACACGAGCUGGUGGUCUGGGCAUUAAUUUGACUGCAGCAGAUACUGUUAUCAUUUAUGAUAGUGAUUGGAACCCCCAGUCUGAUCUUCAGGCCCAGGAUAGAUGUCAUAGAAUUGGUCAGACAAAGCCAGUUGUUGUAUAUCGUCUUGUUACAGCAAAUACUAUUGAUCAGAAAAUUGUGGAAAGAGCAGCUGCUAAAAGAAAACUGGAAAAGUUGAUCAUCCACAAAAAUCAUUUCAAAGGUGGUCAAUCUGGAUUAAAUCAAUCUAAGAACUUUUUAGACCCUAAGGAAUUAAUGGAAUUAUUAAAAUCUAGAGAUUAUGAAAGGGAAGUAAAAGGAUCAAGAGAGAAGGUCAUUAGUGAUAAAGAUCUGGAGUUGUUGUUAGAUCGAAGUGAUCUCCUUGAUCAAAUGAAUGCCUCAGGACCAAUUAAAGAGAAGAUGGGGAUUUUCAAGAUACUAGAAAAUUCUGAAGAUUCCAGUCCUGAAUGUUUGUUUUAAAUUGGAGCUAAAAGAAUGUCUUUAAAAAGUUCUUGUUUACAUCUAGUGAUCUGUAUUGGUGUUAAAAUCCCGAUUUUUCACCCUACUUCUUUGAUUAUAUCAGUUUACAUAAUAUAACUUGUACCAUUGCAUAAGUUUCUGAGCCUUAUUAAGAGCAAAGACAUAUUCAUAGUAAGUUUCAGUUAAUUUUUCAGACUCGAUAGUACUCUUGGGUAUAGGCUGAUGUGUCUGUCCUUAACCACUGCCAGAUUUAUACAGUCUUCCUGUGGAAGUUUAAUGUCUUUCCCCCACCCUCCUUUUUAGCAGUACAGUUCAUGGGCUUUUGGUACUUCAGUUAUGGAGUAGGCUUUGGAUGGGGGAAAGAUUGGGAUUAUACUGUCUAUUGUUUAAAUAAGAAAUGGUUUGAUUUUUAGGGUCUCUUUCUAUAAAAUAGUUUGCCAAAUAAAUGUUUGUUA